AUGAAGAAGAACAAAGUCGUACACAUGGCGCACGGUAAAGAAGCGAACCAACACGUAAUGAUGGAUACCAGUGAUGAUAUCUUAUUACGAGUAGAUUGCUCGGUGGCAACACCGCCGCCGCCGCCGCCGCCACCACAGCCACCACCGCUGGCUCCGCUGCUGCAGUCUUUCAAGCCGUUUGCACCGCCGCCGCCGUCUUCUACGCCGCUACCACCGCCGCCGUCUUUCACGCCAGUGCAACCGCCGCCGCCGCCGUCUUGCCCGCCGGUGCUGUAUUGCUCGCCGGUGCCUCCGCCGCCGCCUUCUUCCACGCCAGUGCCACCGCCAUCGCCGCCGUCGAUGUCCGCGAGCCAGCCUACCUGUGGAGCAUCCCUGACAGGCGCUACAUCAACGCUCCACGAUUGGAACGUGCUGGCCGUGGAAGGAAACGCGGCCUUGGCAUCGGCCAAGGUCGCGGAGGACGAGAACGAGGACGAGGACGAGGAUAAGGAAAAUCGCAGUACAUUACGAUUCCAAUAA